AUGGCUGGAGUAUAUAAUGAAUUAAAUCAAAACGUUGGUGGUGCAUCAUCAAUUUCAUCCUCAAUUAGUUUAAUUAAAACUAUAAUUGGCGCUGGGUUAUUACUGAUGCCUUUGGCUUAUUCAACUGAAGGUAUUAUAUUUGGUACUAUAAUUAUUAUCAUUGCUGCUUUAACUUCUGGAUAUGGAUUAUUUUUACAGUGUUAUGUCUCAAAAUAUAUUCCCGUUGGUCAUGCUACUUUUUUCAAUUUAUGUUCAAUUACAUACCCACAUUUAUCAGUUAUAUUUGAUAUUGCAAUUGCAAUUCAAUGUUUUGGAUGUGCUGUUUCAUAUUUGGUUUUGAUUAGAGAUAUAAUGCCAGGUAUAAUUACAUCCUUACCAUAUAUUAAACCAGAAUAUUAUUCAACCUUUUGGUUAAUUGUUUCAUUAUUUUUCACUAUUCCAUUAUCAUUUUUAAGCAAUUUAGAUUCUUUAAAAUACACUUCAAUCUUGGCACUAAUUGCAAUUUUUUACAUGUCAAUUUUAGUAGUUGUUCAUUAUUUUAUUCAAGAUAUUCCAAGAGAAGGUAUUAUUAUAUUAAUGCCAACGAGUUUAACAAACGUAUUUAGUACUUUUUCAAUUAUCGUGUUUGCCUUUACUGGGCAUCAAAAUAUGUUCUCAAUUAUCAAUGAAGCUAAAGAUAAAUCAUUAAUUAAUUUAUCAAAAUUAAUUAAUAUUGCAAUUUUAUCAUCAAGUUUAUCAUUUAUAAUUGUUGGAUUAACUGGUUAUUUAACAUUUGGAUCAAAUGUAAAUGGUAAUAUAAUUUUAAGUUAUCCAAAUGGAUUAUCAACUACAAUUGGGAAAUUAUGUAUUGUAUUUAUGAUUACUUUUUCAUUUCCAUUAAUGUUACAUCCAGCUAGAAUCUCAAUUAAUAAUAUAUAUUACUGGAUAAAGACAAAUUUAAGAAACAAAGAAGAAGAAGAGGAAGAAGAAGAAGUUAAUGAAUCAACUACAUUAUUAAAUACAGAAAAUGAUGAAACAACAAUCAUAAAAUCUAAUCAUUUUGUACCAUUUUCAGAUGAAAGUUUCAAAAUUAUAACUAUAUCAUUAUUAUUUAUUGGAUAUGUGUUAGCAUUAUCUGUUAAAUCAUUUGCUUUAGUUUUAGCGAUAGUUGGAGCCACAGGAUCAACUGCAAUUUCAUUUAUAUUACCUGGAUUAUUUGGAUAUAAAUUAAUUGGAUCAGAAUCGGCUGAUCCGACAAUAUUAGAAAAGAUAUUUAAGAAUUUAUCAUUAGUAUUAACUAUUUGGGGUGUAUUGGUUAUGUUUUUAUGUUUAUAUAGUUCUACAAUUUUGCCGUAA